AUGAGAGCCAACUAUGACAAAACCACCGCAUUAGUAUAUCAUAAUGACUUUCUUAUGAGAAAAAUAAUCGGAAACGUGGAGCAAUUCAAAGAUAGAAAUUCUCUGGAAUUAACGAGUCGAAGAUUGAGAGAACUCUGUCUAACUACACCGAUUACUCUAAGGAAAACGUAUGCGAUUCGCUCCGAAGAUAAGUAUUUUCCUUCCCUCUUCCAUCUUCUAGGACACCCGAGAAGAAGCUGGUCUCGCUUGACGAUUUCCACGUGUUCAGACACUCCAGAAGAGGAGAAAACCGAGAUUUUGGCGUAUACUUGGAAAAAUCUCAGUGGAAAUGGAGAAGUGUUCUUCGACGGUGUGCGCAAGCGUCUUCUCAAUCAGAUCACCGAAUUCGAGAGCACACACCGAUUCAGUUGGAAAGUGCUUCAAAAUCUUCAACGAUUCCCCAAAUUGAAUCGAAUAAUUGUGCACAAUGCGAGAGGUUCUUUGGAUGAAUCGGAGGCUGAUGAAGAGUUGAAAACGCCAUUUUUGGAGCGGAUUGAAUCGUUGGAUCUGGUUUUAAAUCGUGAUUUUUGCAUAGAAAUUGCAAAAAUCAAGCGAUUGAUUGGCCCGAAUUUGAAGGAUUUUUCUUGUCAAAUCAACCCGAUUCAAUCGAGAAAUCAGUGGUUUAUCGAGGAAAUAAUGGUGGAAAUGGCGAUUCAGAAUGUGAAAUUGAACACAUGUCGUCUCCAUUUUCCGAAUUCUUUGUUUCCACGUCAUCUCGUCGUGGCAAUCUGUCAAUUUAUGGCCGAAAGAACGGAGAAAAUUCAAGUUUCGAUGGGUGGUGACGUCAUCCGCACGCUUAUUGGCACGGUGCCAGCAAUCAGAAUUCAGUUCUCGACGGCGGAGGAUGAAACGCUGAAACUACUGGUGGAGGCAUGCCCCAUGAUGUUUCAGAAAGCGGAAAUUGUAAAAAUUACGGAUAUUUUUCCGGAAAAUGUUGUGCAAAUUGUGGAGAUGAUGCCCAAGUUGUAUUCGGUUAGAGAGAUGAUGAUUGGAUGCACACACCACCGAGAUCGUCUGCACCCUAUCGACCAAAUCAUCGGCUCUCUUCCCUUGUCUCUCCGUUCUCUCCAUCUGGAUAAUUGUAAAAUGACACCGUCUUCAAUCGAUUAUUUGAUAAUUCGAAAUGGAAAAUCUCUCGAAAAUCUAAAAUUAACGAGAAAUGGAUCAUGCAACACCUCGACGAACUUUCUGAAGAUUUUAGAGGGAUUUCCAGAAUUGAGGAAUCUGAAAGUGGAUAUGACUAUACCUCAUUUGAUGUUUAAGAAGAUCGUGGAGCAUCGGAAUUUGAGGAAAUUGGAGGGAGUGGUUAAAGGGACACCCCCAGAGCAAAAUAUGCAAAUUCUCCGUCAACACUUCCGCCAUGUGAUACUCAAAAAAGUCGAUCGUCAUAAGCAGAAUCUCAUAAUUUCAGACAGGAUCUCAUAA